UGGGUAACACUUUGGCCUUCAACUAUACCUUAUCGUUAUCUGGGAAUAUUUGGUACCUUCCUCAGUUAUUUAGUGGAACACCACCACAAAUGGGUGUGCUAUGGGUUCUGGGUAUCCUGGUUGAUUCACUUAGUAGAAGCCUUCUACGGUGUUAAGUUAUGCCAGUAA